AUGUCCGGCCACAGCCCGCUGGACUACCAAGCCAUCCGCAACACCCUGGCGAGAUACUGCAUCGCCCUAGACACCAAAGACUUCACUCUGCUCCACCAAGUCUUCACGCAGGAUGUGGAUGCCGAUUACCCCUUUUCCAAACACAAUUCCGUCGAAUCCCUAGCCACGGCCAUCGAGAAUCGCCUGAAACCCAUCACUUCUCAACAUGCUCUCACCACGCAGAUGAUAAGUAUUGCCGAGGAUGGGAAGACGGCGAGUGCGACGACCUACUUCAAUGGCAUUCAUUUCGGGCAGGGGAAGUGGAAGGGGAAGGAGGUUACCGCCUGGGGGAAGUAUGUGGACGAGUUGGUCUUGACGGGGGAGAAGGAUGAGGCUGUGCCCGGGGCUAGUGGUAGGUGGUUGGUGAGCAAGCGUACCGUGGGAUUCAUGGGAAGGCUCGGAGAGGAGGGUGUUAUGACGGGGGAGGAGGGUUGA